UACAGAAUCAGUUGUGUUUGAUCUUUCGACGAGAGAGGUUGUUUUGUGAAAAUGUAUCGAAUUAUUGUUUUGGGAGUGUUGUCACUAUGUGGCGGGGCUUUUUCCCAUACUUAUCACUUGGGAGCAUGUCCUGUGGUCGAGCCGAUGCCGGGUUUUGAUAUGAAUCAGAUGCUCGGAGUAUGGUACGUGAUCCAGAAAACAUCUACCGCGUCACAUUGCAUCACAUACAACUUCACCAGAACUGAUGAACCAGGAACUUACCAGCUUCAACAGGAUUCGCAGCAUUUCAUUUUGGGAUUGACACCCUUGAAACAUGAUUAUAGGUAUACUGGGGUACUAUCCAUCCCUGAUAUUGCGGUUCCUGCACGAAUGAAAGUCAGAUUUCCUUUAAGUGUGGCUGGAUCUGCAACAUAUACAGUCAUAUCUACAGACUACAAUAAGUAUGCGGCUAUUUUCACGUGCCAGAAACUCGCGUUCGCCCAUCGUCAAUCGGCUACCAUUCUCUCAAGGACUAAGGAAUUAGACAAGAUGUUUAUUGACAAAAUGCGUACCAAAUUAGCUUCAUACGGUGUAGACCCAUAUGACUUAUCCAUCAUAUCCCAAACUGAAUGCCCAAAACACCCCAAUGGUACAGUCGAAGGAGUUAAAAUUAACAUCGAUCCUGAAACAUUCUCUUCACACAAUAUUGGAGAGGCUGUGAGGAAAACAGGAGGUGUAAUAGCUGACGGUGUUGAAUAUGUAGUAGAUGCGGGUAAGAAGGUAUAUCAUAAAGUAGCAAGCAGCAAAGAGGAUCUUACAGAACCACCAGCAAACUACAAUCGUGCUAUGAAUGCAGAUGCCGAAUGGUUGCCUUAGAAACUAAAUAUUCAUAAUAUUUUAUACUAUAGGUUUAUUUAAUUUAAGAUAAAAUAAAGAAAAUGAAUAUGAAGUUGUCAUUGAUCCAGAAAUGUAUACGUUGAGAAUCUACUGAAGUAAAGAAAGGACAUGACAGAUAUCCAAAGCAAUACUCAUGUAAUAAUUUAAAUAAUAAACUGUACUGAUAUA